UCACUUCCGCCACAACUGCGCAGGCGCGUCGGAGUCGAUUAAUCUGACAGAAGUUUUCAUGACGGUGUUGUGGGCACCGCUGGAGAUUUGCUCAGCUAUCUGUUGCAUCAAAUUCCAGAUUGGUGAGCAGGAGUCUGGGUGAAGGCAGAGAACAUGGCUGUGGAGAAGCGUCUGGCGUUUUCCAUUGUGCAGUUCCUACGAGAUCAAACGCACUGUGGUGCCCUGAAUUCAGAUGAGCAGGAAAGCCUUGAAGUUGCGAUACAGUGCUUGGAGACCACCUUCAAGAUCAACUCCGGCGAUAGCCAUCUGGCCGUGCCGCAGCCCCUGACCGAGAUCUUCCUCAAUUCCAUCUUUAAGAAUGACAACCUGUCGAUACCAGAAAUAUCUCCAACUGCUGAGGACACAGAGAGAGCAGAGCAACUCAAAAAUGAAGGGAACAACCACAUGAAGGAGGAGAACUACAGCUCUGCGGUGGAGUGCUAUACAAAAGCCAUUGACCUGGACCGAAGAAAUGCAGUGUACUACUGUAACAGAGCUGCCGCUCACAGUAAACUGGGGAACUACACAGAAGCGACUGGCGACUGUGAGCGGGCCAUUGGGAUCGACCCCACCUACAGCAAGGCUUACGGGAGAAUGGGGCUGGCCCUGACCGCCAUGAAUAAGUACCCAGAAGCUAUCACCUACUUCAAGAAGGCACUGGUGCUGGACCCAGAGAAUGAGACCUACAAGUCCAACCUGAAGAUAGCAGAGCAGAAGCAGAAAGAGGCGUCUAGUCCUACGGCCACGGGACUGGGCUUCGACAUGGCCAGCCUCAUCAAUAACCCCGCCUUCAUCAGCAUGGCUGCCAGUGUGAUGCAAAACCAACAAGUCCAACAACUGAUGUCAGGGAUGAUGUCGAAUGCAGUUGGAGGGCCAGCGGCUGGAGUGGGCGGAUUAUCUGACAUUUCCAGCCUUAUCGAAGCUGGACAGCAGUUUGCCCAGCAGAUCCAGCAGCAGAAUCCAGAGCUGAUAGAGCAGCUGCGGAACCACAUACGGAGCCGCUCCUUCAGCGGCAGCGCGGAAGAGCACUCCUGAUCCAGACGGGCGAGAGAAGGGGAGGACGUACAUGACUGCAGUCUCCACACCCAUUCUUAAACAGCAGUUCCCCCGGCAGUGCAGGAGGGAAGCGGCGAGCUGGGAGAGGGGAGCACUUUACUGUGAUAAACAGCUUUGGGGGAGAGGGGGAGGAAGGAGAGGGCGAAGCAUUGCACACUGUUAUCCAACACAUUACAGAAACCCAACCAGCCCACAGAGAGAACUGGUCCCCCAUCAUAUUUCACUGGUAACAUUCAAAAUGGUUUUUUAUGUGUUUUUAUAUGUUGUUAGCAAUGUGUGCCCUUGUGUCUGCUGCUCUUCCUGGGACUAGCUGUAAGUAGCAUACAACAGCAGGGUAACAUUUUCCUCUCACUGAAGUUUCCCAUGUCAGGAGACGCCACUUUAGAAUUAGUUUUGUACAUUAUUUCCUAUAUUAUUUUAGGGAAGCAAAAUAACAAAAAAAGGAAAUGCAAGAACCGUGAAUGUUGAUCAGUAAUUUUUUAAAGACUGGAGUAAUAUGAAAUGAUGAGUACAUUAUUCAUAAAGACCAUUACACAUAAAGUAAAUAUUUAGCUAUUUAAUAUUGUUAGAUAUUUAGCUUUCAUACCCCGAGUGCCCUUGAAGAGCAGGUAGUUCUAUCUUUUAUUGUCAACACACCACAGGCUGAGUUUACUUCUAUAACAAAUAUAAGCACCAGAAUAUUUAGUAAAGGUGGUGUAUAACAGCUGAAUAAAUUCUAGGGUGUUAAAACAUCUGUAGAAAUCUACACUUGCUGCACUCACAUUACUGUAUCUAAUGUUGCACUGUACAUUGGCUGGCACAUUUCUUGCCAUUUUUCACUUUACCUCAUAUCAAUGACUUAAAGUAUAGAAAAUAUUAAAAAUAUACAUUGCCUCAGCCAUAUUUAUUUUGCAUGCUCCUCAACAAGAUCUGAUGUUUGUACUAUUGACAGUUAAAGGCUGAAAGGCUAUGCUUGUGAAACAGAGGACUCAGUAAAGCAUAUGUAUUGUCAGAUUCUAAGUCUUAAAAAAGUAUGUCAAUAAAGUUGUCUUGAAAUGAA